UUCAUGUUGCCUUCAGGAAACCUGGGAAUGAACAUAAUUUAUCAAACACCUCCUGCACUGUAUUAUUUGAUAAUGUUUAGAAAACAUGUCAUGCAUAACUGCUAAAACUCAGUUACUAAAGCUCUUUCAAGCAGUAAUGUGUACAAAUUACGCCGUAACUGAUCAAUUAUGAGACGUUUUCCCAGCCACUACGUGAGAAGUGGUCAUUUCCCAUGCUCUCAAAGUAGCGCGCAUUGUAUCGGGUGGGGGCUGCUGUUAACUUGUCCCUCAGUGAACGAUGGCGUCGUCUUCCAACAACACUGCUGGCGCGAACAAUCAGCUCAACAGAAACGCCUCGCUAUCAUUUUCGGCUGAAACUUACUUCGAAAGAAUGUGAACUACAAUUCUACAGUGGAAGCCGCUGCACAGAAUCUUAUUACUGUGCUCACUCAGAAUCUUUCUCAGGGACAGCACCAGGCAGCACAGGGAGUAAGGCAGGAACAGGGACCUCCCUCUGUAGAUCAAGAGAUGGCAAGAUCUUUCCCUGGUUUCUUUGGAAAAAAAAGUUUUCUUGGAAAACGAAAGAUGCAUAAUCCAAGGAUCCCUGUGACACCACCUUUUAAAGCAUGGAAGCCUUUCAGUUUCUAUGUAUACUUGCUGAACUGUAAUGCAGUAACAACACCUACCUCCUCUGAGGAAUUUCAGCUUGCACAGGCAGGACUGGGUAAAAGACAUCUCACAAUGUCCAGGGACAUGAACCAUGAAGAGUUAUUUGGACUUCUUCAAAGUGAAUAUCCUAAAAUGCAGGGUCUGACUGGAGGAUGGUUGCUCUACAAGGCUACAGGUGGUCAGGGUAAAAGGAAACUGACACUGGUCCCUCCUGAUUCUGAAGGUUACACAGGGACCCUAAUACGCAGUAUGACAGGAAAUGGGAAAAACUUGCUGUAUAUAGUACCUUUACAGCAAGAAUUUGACCUUACUCCGUUACCUCCUGAUGCAGUUGAAUUUAAAAAUAUGCCCAAAGCACAAUGCCAAACAUGCAAAGUAAGUCUGCCAUUGCAUAUUUUGGCUCUUCAUGUGCAGGAGUGCACAGAGUCUGGGUCUUCAGCUGAAGACACAGAGGCAUGUCAAACCGAGGUCCAAAUAGUGUCCGUGCAGCCUUCUGAAGAGCACACCGACACAGAGGAAUUGGAUGAAGAAAAACUUCAGUGUCCUAUCUGUAACUUGAAAUUUGCACCUUAUUUCCUUGAAAUCCAUGCAAGCACAUGCGGAGAAAGAAGCAAAAAUGUAAUAGACGUGGAUGAAAUUGAGGAGAACAUAGUAGAAGAGGACCAUAUGAAAAGGUAA